AGCAAUUCCUUGACCCAUCAGCCAUGGGCGAGAUGGAGCAACUGAGGCAGGAGGCGGAGCAGCUCAAGAAGCAGAUUGCAGAUGCCAGGAAAGCGUGUGCUGAUAGUACUCUGGCAGAGCUGGUGUCUGGCCUAGAAGUCGUGGGACGAGUCCAGAUGCGGACUCGGCGGACGCUAAGGGGACACCUGGCCAAGAUCUAUGCUAUGCACUGGGCCACUGACUCCAAGCUGCUGGUAAGUGCUUCACAAGACGGAAAGCUGAUUGUUUGGGAUACCUACACCACCAAUAAGGUGCACGCCAUUCCACUGCGCUCCUCCUGGGUCAUGACCUGUGCCUAUGCCCCAUCAGGGAAUUUUGUGGCAUGUGGGGGACUGGACAACAUGUGCUCCAUCUACAGCCUUAAAUCCCAUGAGGGCAACGUCAAGGUCAGCCGGGAGCUUUCUGCUCACACAGGUUAUCUCUCCUGCUGUCGCUUCCUAGAUGACAACAACAUUGUGACCAGCUCUGGAGACACCACGUGUGCUCUGUGGGAUAUUGAGACCGGGCAGCAGAAGACUGUGUUUGUGGGACACACCGGUGACUGUAUGAGCCUGGCUGUCUCUCCUGACUUCCAGCUCUUCAUUUCGGGGGCUUGUGAUGCCAGCGCCAAACUCUGGGAUGUGCGGGAGGGGACCUGCCGUCAGACUUUCACAGGCCAUGAGUCGGAUAUCAAUGCCAUCUGCUUCUUCCCCAAUGGAGAGGCCAUCUGCACAGGCUCAGACGACGCCUCCUGCCGCCUCUUUGAUCUGCGGGCUGACCAGGAGCUGAUUGCCUAUUCCCAGGAGAGCAUCAUCUGUGGCAUCACAUCUGUGGCCUUCUCCCUCAGUGGCCGCCUGCUCUUAGCAGGCUAUGACGACUUCAACUGCAAUGUCUGGGACUCCAUGAAGGGCGAGCGUGUGGGCAUCCUCUCUGGACACAACAACAGGGUCAGCUGCCUGGGGCUCACAGCUGAUGGAAUGGCUAUGGCCACUGGUUCCUGGGACAGCUUCCUCAAGAUUUGGAACUGA